CUAGGGAAAGUAUAUAAAGUGCUCAAAUUCCCUUCUUAGACCCCUUAGUUCGAAUUUCCCCCCUCCCCCUCCUCAAUUAAUUUUAGUUUAAUACCCACGUCUUCAUACAACCAGCAUUAAAAUGUCAGCUCCAGUCAAGGUCUUCUUCAAAGGUGAACACAGAGACUUCAUAGUCUUUGUCGAAAGUCAUGAUAUUAUCGAAAAGUACCAGAAGGACCCAUCUGUUCCAUUGUCCAGCGUUGUUGCUGGUGGUUUCAAAGUGUAUACUCCAAACACUGGAAGAGGCUCUGAAGGUGUAUUGGAUGAAGCUUCCGAUUUGGACCUGGAAUCAGAAUUCCACACAAAGGUUAUUGAAGAUAUCAUUGUCAAGAUUUGUAAAAACGGUGAAUACAAAAGCUCUCCAGAUGUCAACAACAAGACAUGGACAUCAACGAAUGAUUCGAAAUAUGGUCAUUGAUGAAAGCAGAUGAGCAUUGGCCAGUAAAUAAAGAAAAAGGAAAACGAAUCAAUACUUUGAUCCAGCUAGUAUCGACUUCAAUGCAUCUCCAAAGACUAUAGAUGUCUUUCUCAUAAGUGAAACUCUCUUUUUUGUAGUGUCUUUAUUCAAUUGCGCAUGCAGAUCCUCGUCUU